GUGAAAACGAAUAACAUAGCAGCAUCUUGAACUGCAGCGAGCAAAAGGAAAGAAAUUCCACCCGUGAAGAAGGAAAAUAAAAAUAAAAAAGAAAGAGAGGUAACCUUUUUUGUCUGUGCGUGUGGGUGGAUCUGGGAAGAAAGGGAGGGAGUGUCACUGCGGAUCUGAAUUGUCGUUAGGGUUUUGAAGGGUUUUUCCAUUUUCUUCAAUGGCCACGCCCUUUCCCAUUCAUGUCACCGCAGCUCAGGUUGGGACGUACUUCGUCGGACAGUACUAUCAGGUGCUUCAGAGCCAACCGGAGUUCGUGCACCAGUUCUAUUCCGAAGCCAGCACCAUGCUCCGUGUCGACGGCAACGCCAGGGAAACCGCCGUCGCAAUGCUUCAAAUCCAUUCACUGAUUAUGUCACUCAGUUACACUGGAAUUGAAAUCAAGACUGUACAUUCUCUAGAAUCUUGGAGUGGUGGUGUUCUUGUGUUGGUUUCUGGAUCUGUGCAAAUUAAGGACUACAAUCAGAGGAGAAAAUUUAUGCAGACAUUCUUCCUUGCACCCCAAGAAAAAGGAUAUUUUGUGCUCAAUGAUGUGUUUCACUUUGUCGAAGAGGAUCCAGUUCACCAAGUCCAACAACAAGCAGUCUUGUUACCUCAGAACAAUCUUGAUUCGAAAGUGAAUGCUUCGAGUACAAUCAAUAAGACAGUGUCCAACUACCUUCUGAGUGGAGAUAUCCAAGCUAGGGACUAUGUUGCUGCAAAUGAGGUCAAAGAAAAUGGUGUAGUUGAUAAUUAUGGAUUUUCAGAGCAACGAAUGCAGCGGGGCUCUGAUUCCGAACAUAUUAGGGAGGAUAAUGUUGUUGAAGAGUCAAAUGGUUCACUUCAAUCUUCAAUGAAUACAGUGCAAGACCAUGUACCUGCUUCUCCUGAUGAACCUGCUGGGGAGCCUCAAAAGCACACUUAUGCUUCCAUUCUACGGGUUGCUAAAGGACAAUCUACACCGUCUGUAGCUUCACAUAAGAAUGUGUCCCCUUCAGAAUGGGAAAAUAUUCAACAGAAUAGCAGUCAGCAACAGCAAACAAAUGCUUCAGCAAAUGCAUUUGAAAGGUCUGAAACUGAUGCAACGGAUGAGAUUCCUGCACCAGAAGAUGAAGAUGAAAUCAAAUCUGUUUAUGUGAGAAACUUGUUACCUACAGUGUCUCCUUCUGAAAUUGAAGAGGAAUUCAAGAAUUUUGGUAGAAUCAGGCCUGAUGGUGUUGUCAUUAGAAGUCGCAAGGAUGUUGGUGUUUGUUACGCAUUUGUUGAAUUUGAAGAUAUGACCGGCGUUCAUAAUGCAGUCAAGGCAGGAUCUGUUCAGAUUGCAGGGCGUCAAGUAUACAUUGAAGAACGGAGACCAAACAGUAACAUCCCUUCUCGAGGAGGAAGACGGGGUAGAGGCAGAGGUAGCUAUCAGUCAGAUGCACCAAGAGGGCGUUUCAAUUCAAGGAGCUUUGGCAGAGGAAGUGGCCAAGAUGGUGGUGAUCGGGAAUAUAACAAAUCGAAAGGAAAUGGUUUCUAUCGACCAACUCCGCGCCAAGAGAGGGCAAAUUCAGGGCAUCAUCAAAUACCAAGAAAUGGGCAAAAUCUGACAGAGUCCUGACUCAACGAAAAAUUUCAGUUAGAGAAUCCAAUUUUGGGUCCAGAUAUUUCUGCUCAAAUAGUCAACUUCAGUAGAUUAGACCAAAUAUUGAUAAUUUUUCAUGUCUUAAAUUAAGUUGUUCAGGGAAUAUGGAUGAGAUAUUUUCGUUUCUGAUAAAUUUUGUUCAAGGCGCUUCUUGUUUCAUUUGUUUUUCCAGGAAUUUUAUGUUUAGCUGGAAAUGUGUUUAAAACACCUGACAUUUAUUUAUUCCCUAUUGAAAUUUGAAAUCUAGUUGUUUCGUUAUCA